CCUUGUGCCGGCACGCUCACGGCGUUACUACGCCACGCGGCUGGCAUGUCCACGCUGGCGUCACUAUGGCGUAUUCUGGCGUGUUUAUUGAAAGGCGGGACAUCGGGAAAGAAUCUUAAGUGGCUACUAGCUCAGGUGAUCUGCAACUGUAAAGAGGAAUUGAAGCCGCAAGCUAGUGUUUUGCUCCCUGGUUUGCUCGCCGUGCUCGCCUCUAUUGAUGAGGGGAAGUGUAUGAACGGAUUGCAUUUGGAUGUUCUCGACACCAUAUUAUACUGGAAAGAAGACAUCACCAGCGGAGACCUGAACAUCAUCACCCAUCACCUCAUCAGAACGUGUAUGGAGAAUCGUCGUAAAAACGUCUUUGACGGCUUGCUUAGAACUCUGCAAGGGUUGUUGGAGUUGUAUGGAACCAUACAAGUCGAGUGGAAGAGCUUUGAAACGUAUUAUGAAGAUCCCCACCACGAAACCCGAAAUGCAUUAUUCAAAAUAAUCAAAAUGAUAUCAAAAACCAAAUACAUACCCACAGUACUAUCAAAAAUCGUGGCAAAAUUAGACACAGAUCCCUCAAAUGUGUCCGAAUGUUUCGGCUUGGCCAUGGCGUGUGGGAUACCUAGCGAAAAGGGACCAGCAUUGGGGGAAUUUAGGAGAUAUUUGGAGAAGUGUAACGGGAUCACGAGUUACGUUCGUGUGCUGUAUUAUGCCUCUUUGGGUUUUGCGGAAUGCUGUGGUGAGCAAGAGUUCAGGAAAAUUGCGGACUAUGUAACUAAAGUGAUCUCUUACGACCGAACCAAAUGCCUCUACAUACUGUCAUGUUACCUGUCGCGCGGACGCCGAAGCGAAUACAUCGUCGACAUGUUUGAUACGAUAGACUUGCCUCACAUGAUCGACAAGGACCAGAAAGGACGCCGAAGCGGCUACUUCGUCAUGUUUGAUACGAUAGACCUGCCUCACAUGAUCGACAAGGACCAGAAAGGACGCCGUAGCGAGUACGUCGUUGACAUGUUUGAUACGAUAGACCUGCCUCACAUGAUCGACAAGGACCAGAAAGCGUUACUGCUAGUAAAACACGGGUUACCUCUGAUGGACGAGACAAUGAAAAGACGGUGCGUGGCUCAGAUAGCUGCAUUAAAACCUGCCACGGCGAAGGUUAGGAAACUCGUGGUAGACGUCAUGCAGAAGGCUUACGAUGAGCUCUUCACCACACCACCACAGCCACCAGCCAAGCGACAGAAGACAGAAACCACCCCCAUUCUCAGCGUAAGCAGAGAUGACAUAUACACCAACAGUAUACUGACUUGCCUCGGAGUGUACGCCGAGGACGCUAACGAGGAAGUCGCGAAGGUUGCGAGAGACGCUUUAGAGGGGAAUUUAGAUAAAGAUCUUGGGGCAAGCAGAGAUGACAUAUACACCAACAGUAUACUGACUUGCCUCGGAGUGUACGCCGUGGACGCUAACGAGGAAGUCGCGAAGGUUGCGAGAGACGCUUUGGAGGGGAAUUUAGAUAAAGAUCUUGGCGGAAGCAGAGAUGACAUAUACACCAACAGUAUACUGACUUGCCUCGGAGUGUACGCUAACGAGGAAGUCGCGAAGGCUGCGAGAGACGCUUUAGAGGGGAAUUUAGAUAAAUAUCUUGGGGCAAGAUUUGCAGAAUGCUUUUUAUUGGCCGUAUAUUUACCCGCACACACGGACAAGCCGCCAGACGUGUGUGUGUGCGUGUCGGCAUUACUGGAGAUGUUAUUCGGCGGGGUGCGGGGCGCGGAGGGGUUUAAGGAGAUACGGCUGAGGGAGGAGCCUCUACCAGUCAGAGAGGAACCGGGGUCGAGAUUGCUGACGCUCAGCAGGACGUUUCAAGGCACGUUCGGGAGCUACAGCGCGACUAGGGGACGGACACGCACACGAAGCAAUCCCAGUACUGUCAGAUCAGAUGCCAACAAUUCGGCGAUUGACGUUCAAAUAUCGAUCGAUAGUAUACUGCAUACGCUGCUCGAUUUCGCUAAGACAUCAACCGAUGCAGCUCGUAGCCUACUCAUUGAAGUUUUACGCUCCGUUCUCUCAAACACCAAAUUCGAUGUGGCAUCUACACUAGUCCCACUGUUGGGCACAUUGUUGGGCCGAGAGCCCACAGAUCUGACGCCUUUAUACAUUGAUAUAUGUAGAGUUUUAGAGGGGAAAGUGGGCCUUCUGGCCCCCGUCGAGAGACUUCGGGCCCUUACAGCUGGCUCAGAGGGCGCUGCGCUUACAAGGCUUUUGUAUGAAGAGGUCGCAAUGAGGUGUUUGGGAGACGCCAUUUUUCAAUUAGGACAGCCAGAGGACAUCCAAGAUGUGGUUAUGAACGAGACGGCAACGUUCUCCAUUCAAGAUCUAAAGCACGCAUUCGGGAAAUUGUCAAACUGGGACGAUCUUGCCCUGCAACAGCGGAAAUCGGUUAGGGGCACCCUUCCCCCUCUCUGGACCGACAGGAGGGAUUUCAUUACUUUACUGGACUCCUAUCAAGCGCCAGAAAACGCAGAGAUCUGGUUUGACAAGAUGGCCGCCGCGUUUAAACAACAACCUGUCAACUCUUGGCGCUGGUUGAGAAAAGCUGACCAGUGGCCGCGGAGGCACUUUGAGAUAUCCGCCACAACAGAGGCUUUGUCAUGGCAACACGAUCCUACCGAAACUAUGCCCUCACAACUCUUCAAGACUUCCGACUGUCUCGCGGAAUGUGCGGCCAGGCUCAUGAUCAGAUCGUCAUAUUACAACUCACUCCAACUUAGCGAAAAAGAUGACAAGACAAGCAAGCUGUCCCGCUCGCACGAGCUGAGAUGGUGCAUGCGAGCGAACGAGAUGGGCAUACCGAAUUUAGCGCUACAAUGCGUCGAAAGAAACGUAGAAGAGCUUAGCGGGGUCGAGACGCUGGCUUGGUUGAGACAGAAGCUACUAGCGCUUCGACAAACGGCACUAGAGCGGGAAAACUCGGAACUAUUGCGGGACGUGCUCAAGAAAGCGGAAAAGUGCACUCCGCAAUACUCGCACGACCCUUCGGUGUGUAUAGAAAUGUACCAUUUGAUGCUACUACUCCAUAAUGAUUUAAACUCUCUGCAACACCACGAUUUGCAGACAAUACUUGUGGCAGUCCACCGGUCGUCCUCACAGGUUGACUGGAAUACGUGCUCCAAAGACGCCAUAAGCUCGGUUUUCGAAAUAGCCCUGGGUCAUUAUGAUAAAGCACUGGAAACAGGUACAACAGACACAGACAAUGCUCUAGCCAACAUGUCCGAAGUGGUCACUCGCGCGGCCGCUCUCAACAUGCCUAAGACUGACUUGUUUUUAGCUGUUCUACUGAACAGGCUGAAUGGAUUCCAAGGACAAUUAGAAUGGGAGACCACACGAGAUUUACUAGAGAAGCUCGCUCCUAUACUCCCCACUCUGGACGUGUUCUCUCUGGGCCUUCUAGAGAAGAACGCUCAUAAAUUUGCAGCGGAACUCCAACGAACUUUAGCCGCCAUGUUGCCUAAAGAUGCCAGCGUGGAGAAAUACAGGAGGUGCCUGCAGCUGGUCUGCGACCCAAAUCACUUGCUGACACACUAUUGCGAGGAGCUAGUGAUGGCUUUAAGAAACAGAGAUGGCAGCCGUUGGAAGAGUACGUUGGACAGAAUGACAGAGAAGAUAUUUGACAACCCGUACGCCGGACCGAGCUACAAGCUACUCGACAAAUACAAGGACGAUUUGUAUGGCAUGUAUGAAUUCGAGCCAACAUCAGAAUUCGCUUCACGUGCAGAGUCCAAGCUGAGAUCCAUCGUAUCCAUACGAAGGGACCCCCAAACUACCCUUAGACUGUCGGACCUCUGUCCCACACUACUGGGUCCUAUAGAGCACACGGGGGUUGAGAAGUGGCUCGGCUUGCGAGGGGUUAAAGUUAUCAAGUUUUAUGACAAGGUGCAAGUAUUUACCGACUCCAUCCGUCGUCCAGUCGUCAUAUCAAUGCUAUUAUCAUGUGGACGCACACAUCGCGUCAUACACAAGACGGGCGAGCCGCUGACGCGUGACGCGGCGUCACAACGCGUCGCCAGCGCCCUCUACGCUACCGCUUACACCGUGACGCUGCUAGACGAAGAGAGCGCCCUCAUCGAGUUUCUAGAAGGCCAUGAACGACUGAGGGUCAUGAUUGCUAACACUUGUAACUUGGAUGUGCUACAUGGCGUAAAUCGUCCGGCGGAUUGUCUCCUGGUAGUGUCGCCAUCAGCCAGCUCGCAAGCACACGAGCAGCUCUGCACGAAAGUUCCCGCAAAUGCUCUAAGGUCUGCUAUGGAACAGAGCAGUUCCUGUGUUCAAGAUUUCAUCUGGAAGAAACGCAAAUUCACGGACUCGCUCGCCGACAUGACUCUUCUCACUUGGUUGUUGGGUUUGGGCGACCGUCACCUUCAAAAUAUCAUGUGUUCCCGCGUCGGCGCGGUGCGGGCUGUGGACUUCGGUGACGUGUGGCGUUGUUCCGAGCUUCCAGCGAGACUUACAAGGAACUUGCUUGCUGUAACCGACACACAAGUGCUAGAAGCCCGUUUGCAUUCGUCUCUGUCAGCCAUGCGGGGCUCCGCCCUCCUGCUCGAGGCCGCUGUCCGCGUCGCUUUCCAUUGGAUGGAGCCCGAGAUAGAAGACCAGAUGCGACACGUUCGCGGUAUCCUCCGCGGCAAUAUGUCAUCUUACGACGUGUGUCGUGACGUCACAAACCGCUCCCAACUCAAAUAUAAAGAAAAAUAUAUACAGCUCUUAGAACGUACGCUUGGAGACUCGCACAGGGACCUAUAUAGCGUCGAAGAACAGAUAUGCUGCUUGUUGCGGCACUGUACGUGUCCGGAGCUCCUGAGCGUUGUCCGCGCCGGCUGGGAGCCCUGGGUCUAACCUCUGUUGGUGGCAAGACCCCAGCACUAGCAUAAUGCGUGCGACUUUCAAGCCGAACCCCGCAAGUUCUAACCCCGGCACGUACCAAUGUGUUUCUUGAUUAGAUUUUCUUAUAAACUGUAAUAGAUGUCAUAUAUUAGAGAAAAAGUGACGAAGCCCUCCAGUGGUGAAGGCCGGACUCGGUCUUUUAGCUAUCGCGGCUAACGCCAUGAACCUCUAGGCCACCUCGCCACGGCGGUACCCGUCACAAUUUCUCGACUAUAUGCCAUCUUACUAAUACCGUCACCGUCGACGCAAGCUCCUGAUGACGCUCCUCGGUACAGAGUGAAACAUGUCGAGGGUUUUCGACUUAAAAUACGUGAGUGACCCGUUAUUAAUAUAUAUUUAAUAUCUUACUAAUACUUGAAACACUAAUCAAAAAUAUUUAAUAAAAUAAUUUGAUUUGUUUCCAAAGUACAUAACUUAUAGAUUUUUGAAAUAAAGAUUCAAAGAUUUAUUUGUUCAACAUAGGUAAGUAACAAGAUGUUAAAUACAUAUUUCAGUAUCACUAUGUCGUGCCUAUUGGCAUACAAAUUCAAUAAAAAUAUACGCUAAUCAUAAUAUCACAGAAAAACAAUAAUAGUCAAAACAGGGUUAUGUCACGCAGUAAAUAAAUAAAGAAUUUCACAGAAUGGCUGCAAUUUAUUCCAACAAAGUGUUAUGAGGUGAAUGUCAAUGUGCAAAUCUUGUAUAAAUUUACCCCCCUAUUCAUAAAACUUUACGGGGCUGAUUUAGUUAAAUUAUGUUUUAUCCCUUUCUUACAAAUACAUAGGUCAAAAUGACAGAUAAAGACAAACGAUUCAUGGGUAAUUCAGGCCAGUAACGAGUUUAGGAAUAACGUCAUAAGUGUAUUGUCGUUGGAUGUAAUAAAUAAAGAGAAAUAAAUUGAAUUAU